AUGGCAACCGCUCCAUUGAUGCUCUACGGAGCUGCAGGAUACUCACUCGGCCUCGCAGCCGAACGGUUGCAAGCGGCAGGGAUCAGCUUCAUCAUCGGUGGUCGAACAGAAUCGAAGGUGAAGGCGAAAGCCGCAGCUCUGGGAGUGUCUUAUCGCAUCUUCUCUGCCGACGAUGAACCGGCAGCUAUCGAUGAAGCACUCUCAGGCCUGAAGCUCUUUGUCAACGGAGCCGGACCUUUUCACAACACCUGCGAGCAGUUCAUGGACGCAUGUAUUCGGAAAGGUGUCCACUAUACCGACAUUUCGGCAGAGCUGAAUAGUCUCAACACAGCUAUCACUCGCGACGCUGCCGCCAAGGAAGCAGGCGUUAUGCUGAUCCCUUCUGCAUGCUCCGGCAUGGAAGUCAUGCUUGACUGUAUAGGAGGUCUCCUGUUACAAAAGGCCCAGAAUCCAGUCAGGCUGGAGCAUACUAUGAACAUCAACGGCCCGGUCUCUCGAGGCACUGUCGGGACCAUACGUGGAUUCAAGCCCGAGGCAGUCAAGCGCGUUGGCGGCGAGCUUGUCCCACAUCCUGGCGAAGAGCCUCACGAGGUCGACUUCCGCGAUGGUAGGGGCCCGUUGCCACGCUUUCCAUCAAACGAUCCUCAAAUUAUCGGCUUGUGGAGAGCCUUGGGCGUGCCGAACAUCAGCACAUACUGCGUCAAAACGGGCGGUGGGUUUCCAACAGAGGAGCUUGAGUCGGUUCCAGAAGGACCAUCCGAGAACGAACGCAAGGCGACGCCGUAUCAUCUUGCAUUCAAAAUCACAUCCUCCGAUGGUUCCAUCACCAAUGCAGUCGCCCAUACAGCGAAUGGAUACGAUCUGACAGCCAUGGGCACGGUGGAGGCGGCGAAGGCUAUACUGGGUGACGCCGUCAAGCCAGGAUUUCAGACGCCGUUCUCUGCAUGGGGAGGCGACUAUUACAAGGUCUUCUCGGGCACGACCAUUGAAGAAUACUGA